GUGACAAUCCGGAAGCUGCGAAAGCGGAUGUGGGAAGGGCGGCCGCAGCCCAGGGGGCGGUGGGAGCUGCUCAGCUUCCUCCCGGCUCCCUGCGCAGCCCUCAUGUGCUACCUUCGCUGACACCCGGAGUCUGCGGCUCUCCGCACACGGUGGGGUCGUCCCACCCGCUGCCCUUGGCGGUCGAAGUCAUCGUGCGGAACCGCUGCAGCCGCCCAUGGAGAAGACCGGGCGAGGCGGGGAUGGCGCCCCCCGGGGGCCCGUGCUGCACAUCGUGGUGGUCGGCUUUCACCACAAGAAGGGCUGCCAGGUUGAGUUCUCUUACCCGCCCCUGAUUCCAGGAGAUGGACAUGACAGCCACACUUUACCUGAAGAAUGGAAAUAUUUGCCCUUCCUUGCCUUACCAGAUGGUGCACACAACUACCAGGAAGAUACUGUGUUUUUUCACUUGCCACCCAGAAAUGGAAAUGGAGCCACAGUAUACGGUAUCUCUUGCUAUCGACAAAUUGAAGCCAAGGCAUUGAAAGUAAGGCAAGCAGAUAUCACCAGAGAGACUGUUCAGAAAAGUGUCUGUGUUCUAAGCAAGCUGCCUCUAUAUGGCUUACUUCAAGCAAAACUUCAGCUCAUUACACAUGCAUAUUUUGAAGAGAAGGAUUUUUCCCAAAUUUCCAUUCUAAAGGAGCUUUAUGAGCAUAUGAAUAGUUCCUUGGGAGGAACUUCAUUAGAAGGAACCCAAGUAUAUCUUGGUCUGUCACCUCGAGAUCUUGUCCUUCAUUUUCGGCACAAGGUCUUAAUCCUAUUUAAACUAAUUCUUCUUGAAAAAAAGGUUCUUUUUUAUAUUUCUCCAGUGAGUAAAUUGGUGGGUGCAUUGAUGACUGUGUUAUCCCUUUUUCCAGGCAUGAUUGAACAUGGUCUCAGUGACUGUUCUCAAUAUAGACCCCGGAAGAGUAUGUCGGAAGAUGGUGGGCUUCAGGAAAAUAGCCCAUGUGCAGACGAUUUUGUUUCCGCAUCCACUUCUGACAUUUCACAUACCAACCUGGGAGCUGUCAGGAAAGCAAUGGCAGGAAACCAUGGAGGAGAUGCUGUCAUGAAGACUGAAGAGCCUUUGCUCCGAGGAGAAGACAGCAGCAAAGGGCAGGAACCCAAUGAUACCAAUCAGUAUUUGAAACCUCCAUCUCGCCCAUCUCCAGAGUCUUCAGAAAGUGACUGGGAAACCUUGGAUCCUAGUGUUUUAGAGGACCCCACCUUGAAAGAAAGGGAACAGCUGGGAUCAGACCAGACAAACUUAUUUCCAAAGGACUCUGUCCCCUCAGAGAGUCUUCCAAUUACUGUACAACCUCAAGCUAAUACGGGGCAGGUGGUCCUGACACCAGGGCUCAUUUCCGGUUUGGAAGAGGACCAGUAUGGCAUGCCCCUGGCCAUCUUCACAAAGGGAUAUCUGUGUCUGCCUUACAUGGCACUGCAGCAGCACCAUCUUCUCUCCGACGUCACCGUCCGGGGGUUUGUUGCUGGAGCUACUAACAUCCUUUUUCGACAACAGAAACACCUCAGUGAUGCCAUUGUGGAAGUACGUUUAUGUGUAGAAGAAGCUCUGAUCCAGAUUCACGAUCCCGAACUCAGGAAGCUGCUUAACCCAACCACUGCAGACCUAAGGUUCGCAGAUUACCUAGUGAGGCACGUGACUGAGAACCGCGAUGAUGUCUUCCUAGAUGGCACGGGCUGGGAGGGAGGUGACGAAUGGAUCCGGGCCCAGUUUGCAGUCUACAUUCAUGCCCUGCUGGCUGCCACACUGCAGUUAGAUAAUGAAAAGAUAUUAUCGGACUAUGGGACAACUUUUAUUACGGCGUGGAAGAACACUCACAACUACAGGGUGUGGAACAGCAACAAGCACCCUGCACUUGCAGAAAUUAAUCCAAACCAUCCAUUUCAAGGCCAAUACUCAGUGUCAGACAUGAAGUUAAGAUUCUCACAUUCUGUUCAGAAUAGUGAACGUGGCAAAAAAAUUGGAAACGUCAUGGUCACAACUAGCCGGAAUGUUGUACAAACAGGAAAAGCAGUUGGCCAGUCAGUUGGGGGAGCUUUUUCCAGCGCAAAGACAGCUAUGUCUUCAUGGCUUUCUACUUUCACCACUUCCACCUCCCAGAGUCCCACUGAGCUGCCGGACGGGAAGCCUUGAGCAAGGUGUCAGAGGCUGCUGUUGCUUUCUGAGGUUGAAAUGGCCCCUGUCUGUCUGCUGCUCCCAGGCUGUUUACCAGCCACAGACCCACAGCAGGGGACCAUACGUCGAACUGUUUACAUGGACGGUUGCUCUAAGUGAAUGUUUUGGGUUGCCGAAAUGAUGAAAUCACAGCCUAGCAGGGAUGGCUUUCCAGGUUGGGGUUUCAAUUGACCACUUUAUUUUAGUCUGAGCCUGAUUAAAACAUACAAUGGACCUUCUAAUGAAUUUUGAGUUCUGAUACUGUACAUUGGUUUACUUUAGAAGAGUUUUUACUUAUGUAAAUUUUGUUCUGUUUUGGUGUUUGAAUAUGUAGAUGGUCACUGUAAUUUAUACUUGCUAAAAUUAAUUUAUAUUACCGUUUUCUCUAAGGUUGGCCUUAAAAUGUGCUUAUAAAGUGAAGGGGUCAUGCAGUCGGGCCUUAAUUAUUUUGCUGAAUUUUGUGAUUUUUUGCUUUCUACCCACAAAACAUUAAUUUGCUUCCUCCCAGAAACAUGAAAGUCGGGGUGGUAGUUCUGAGGAUUGGGUGUUCUCUGUUUUUAAUUUGUUCUUUUCACAUCCUAUAAACCUGCUUUCAGAUAUCAAGAGUAUCAUUGUGCUUUCCUUCUCUUUAUAACUGCAGGUGGGUGUGCGGAGGAAUAGCAGAGUGAUGGUUCCAUGAUACUGAAGCAGAUUAACGUGAACGUGUCGAUAAGGCAAUACUUGCAAAGACCUGUGUGUUUAUUUUUCAGCCCCAGUCAUGUUGCAGUCUUUUACAAGCACUUGGUUUUUAAUCCAGAGUUAGUGCCAUCUGUUGUAUUUUUUUUUUUUUUUUUUUUUGAGACAGGGUCUGGCUCUAUUGCCCAGGCUGGAGUACAGUGGCACGAUCUUGGCUCACUGCAACCUCCAUCUUCCAGGUUCAAGCAAUUCUUGUGCCUCAGCCUCCCAAGUAGCUGGGAUUACAGCAUGUGCCACCACACCCAGCUAAUUUUUGUAUUUUUAGUAGAGAUGGGGUUUCCCCAUGUUGGCCAGGCUGGUCCUGAUCUCCUGGCUUCAAGUGAUCUGCCAGCCUUGGCCUCCCAAAGUGCUAGGAUUACAGGUAUAAGCCACUGUGCCAGCCUGUUUCUUUUUUAAACAGUUUUCUAUUGGGUGUUUGCAGACCUACAGCUUUUCUCUUAGUCUUAUUCAUAAAGCCUUUCAAAGCACUUGGUCUCCUACUUCCGUAAUUGAAAGUCCUCCUAUAAUCAAUCCCUACCCCCUUCUAGAAGUAUUUAUAAAAGAAAAGCAAGAUGAUUGUAAGUGUUAAAUAGAAAUCAGUUUAUAUUCAGCAGUGCAAGUGGCAAGAGAAGCAAACCGCACCCAUGACAUCCGUCAUUGGAGAAGGGGCAUCUGCUUCAUGUUAGGCACGUGCGUGCACGUGUGCGCCAUCUGCUGGACAUCUGGCUUCAUGUUAGGCACGUGCGUGCAUGUGUGCGCCAUCUGCUGGACAUCUGCUUCAUGUUAGGCACGUGCGUGCAUGUGUGCGCCAUCUGCUGGACAUCUGGCUUCAUGUUAGGCACGUGCGUGCACGUGUGCGCCAUCUGCUGGACAUCUGGCUUCAUGUUAGGCACGUGCGUGCACGUGUGCGCCAUCUACUGGACAUCUGGCUUCAUGUUAGGCACGUGCGUGCAUGUGUGCGCCAUCUGCUGGACAUCUGGCUUCAUGUUAGGCACGUGCGUGCAUGUGUGCGCCAUCUGCUGGACAUCUGGCUUCAUGUUAGGCACAUGCGUGCACGUGUGCGCCAUCUGCUGGACAUCUGGCUUCAUGUUAGGCACGUGCGUGCAUGUGUGCACCAUCUACUGAUGAUCUGGACGCGGCUGGACCUCACGUGUUUGCCGUGCUCAGCUCUCAUUUGCCUUUCCAGGGGACCUGGGAUGAGUGUUCUCAGAGAGCACUUACAGGGAACUGCCUGCCUUUUCAAUAACAACGGAUACUUGGGAAAUAGAUUGCGAGUAUGAUCCACCCCAGAUUGCUGGGGAAUUAAAGGAGGGUACUGAUUAUGUUUGGUUUAUUCCUCACGAAAUGUUUAAGAAGUAAAUGCUCCCAGGGCAUUUGAAAUGAACAUAGAGACAUAAUCUAAAUAUCUCCGAAUUUUCUAGUUUGUGUUUUCUAAACACAGCUGAUAUUACCCAUUGGAGCACAGCUCAAGAAUUCAGUGAUUAUACAUUGAAGGGCUUAAUGUGAGAACCCCAUUAAUUCUACUUCUUCCAAGAAAGUUAACCUCAGGAAAUACUGUUUGAAGAAAGUUACACCAAACAAAACCUUACACGGGACUCUAAUCUUUUUUGCGCUGAGAUUAUAAAGAGUUCAUUCUAACAUCUUGUUUCAUGAGGCUGCAUCAUGAUAGUGUGAUCUGUGUGCAGUUGUGACUUUUCAGCUGCCGAAGUUCACACUUCAAGGAUCUAGGAGCCCUGUGAGGGCCCAUCCAGCAAGGUGCUGAUUUGUCUUUCAGUUUGUAUGGUUUCUGUGAUCGGGGUCAACUGCCAUUUCUCACUAUUCAAAAGCAGCUCAAGCCAUGCUUUGGAAUCCACUGAAAUAAAAAUAGUUACAUGAAGUUUAACUUUGCUCUAGUAUCACUUGUUCCCUAUUUGACUGUACACUUCGAUCUGACUUUCUGUUAACAUUUCUAGCUAAGCGUUUGAUUCUUAGUGGUCACUUUACUGACUUUCAACGUAAAACAGCUAUCUCAGAAGAUAGAACUUUCUUCAUAGAAAUGAUCAAAAGACCAUAGCUCUAUUUCCUUCAGUUUCAAGGAGUACUGGUUGUUGUACUGUUGGCAGGAGCCCUGAGGUAGCUCACAUGAUCGAAGGCAGGAAGCCUCACCCCUUGUCCUGUGACCCCCACAUACUUCAGGCUUGGAUUCUAGGCUCCAAGUGGUCAGCAUAGCAGCAGCAGCCUCUCUCCAAACCCUGGCUGUGUGAGCCGUAGGAACCAGCACCAGGUCAUCUUCUGACAUAGCCCUGGUAAAGGCGUGCGUGUUGGUGGCCACACUUGCCCCAGUGCUUGCUAAGGCUUUUGUGUCUAAGAACUGUUUGUACGUAGGUGUGAGGGAACCAGAGCCAGCCUUUUUCAGAUGUGCCAGGCACACACACUACAUCGAUGACUUGGUGGUGGCUUCACUGCUGUCCAGGUGACUUAAGAAAGUGGAACAUGUCCUGGUAUACUUCAAUUCCUACUAGACAUUGUAAUGACAAGGGUGUGGGUAGGGAAGAGUUAAGGCUACCAGUUGUGGAACAAAUAGUUGCAUUUCCAAAGAAGCCUUAGGAUGAUUGUGCAUAUGCAUUUGGCUCACAUAACCAGCAUGAAUAGUCUCUCCCCACAUCCAUUCGCGAUUCACUGUCCCCCACCAAGCACAGCCCUAAAACAAUUCAUCCACUUUCCUGUUAAGAAACACAGCAGCAAUACACUUUGGCAGCAAACCAGAGCAUAUGAUAUGACUUGCUCAACCUUAUCUCCCUUUCCAAAUUCUUUACUAAGCAUCUGAUGUUUUUUAGAGUAAUUUCCUUUGGAAAGCCAAGGAGAAAGCAAAUUAGGAAGACAGGGAGAAGUGAGAAAUGGUGGUUUGGCUGAGGAACAAGGUGCUUAAAAUCUGAAUGAAAGUAUUUUGAGAGCAGUGUUUCAGAUGCUAAGGGUUAUAAGAAUUCUUUUAAGAGUUAGAAUUUUACUCUGCUAGUUACAAGUUUUAAAGUCACGCUAUAGGUAUGUUAUCUUAUAUUUUGUGAAUAUAAGUUUCAUAGAAAUUACAGCUAAUGGUCUUUUCCCUCCAGUGCCAGCGAGGGGUGUGGGAGCACUUCAGCUCCGUAGGGACCAGCGUUGUGGCGUCUAACCACAUGAACGUAACUGUGUCAGCAGUUGCAGAAAGGAGCCUCUCAGGACAGUAGCCGCCACACGGUGCCGGGAUUGUAGUGGGGAGAUGGGUGGGACUCUCCGUGCUGUUAACACUUGCAUGCUCUGAAUCUUUGAUCAGAGACAGUGUGGCAUCUGUGGCAUUUCCACCCCACCUUGUGGUAGCCUUUAAAAGUGGUAGAAGAUGCUGCCCUAAUUACCCCAGGAUGAUUGUCAUUCCAUGUAGCAUAAUAUGCCGCUAGGAGUUUUCUCAUUCCAAUUCUUUGGACUUUGUAACAUUGGAAUUGUUUUUCCAUGAUUUCCAACAUUCCAUAAAUAUUUGUCAAGGACAAAGAAAAGGAAUGUGGCUGUUUAUUCUUUUCGUAUCAAUGGCUUUGUACACAUGACUUCCUGCUUUCAUUAUGAAGGAGGAGAAGCUAGCUCCCUUGUAUGGUAACUGCAGAGUUAAAAGACUGUGCAUGUCUGAGGGGUUGAAUAUAUUUUGUAAAACUCUAAAUACAUUUGUAUGUCUGUGCUGUUCUAAAGUUUACCUUUUUACUUCAAGAUAUAGAAACUAUAUAUUUAAAUCAUGUAAAAGGAACACAGUUUGGGGGGUUUUUCCAAUCUUACUUUUCAUCAGCUUCUCACACGUAGUAUGCUGCUCAAAUGUUUUCGUGUGUGCAAUAUGAACAUUUGAACAUUUCAGUCAGGUACUGAGCCAGAAAAGAUAAUGGAAGUUUUCAGAAAGCUUCUGUGCUUAGAAAAUACUUUGUUUUCUUAAAACGUUAGUAUUUUAUAGCUGGAAGAAGAUCAAGAGUCAUGUGUUUCCGGCCACUUGGUCAUUGGUUCCUGAAUUUAGGAAACAUUUGAUUAAUGAGUUGGUGAAGGCAUUUAGUGGUUACAAAAAUAGUUCAAAUAUUUAAAAUUAAAGGCUUUUCACAAACCUUUUCUAAGAAAAUUUAGCUAAGAGAACUUAAAAAGUUUUCUAAGGAAGUUUAGCUGUGGCACGUUUUGAUCAGAAAGGUAGUUUGCUCUGGUAGUUUUAAACUUUGUACUGGUUCUUUGUUUCUGUUGUUUGGGGGUUUUUUUGAAAUUGUUAAAAUUAUAAAUCAUGUCUAAUCAUACUGAAUUGUAAAACUUCUCUUGUAUCUUUAUUUUAAGCACAAACGAGAAUAAAAUGAUGCUGUUUGCUCUGCA